GACGGAUGCCGCGGCUGCAGCCUUUCUUCCGGACCAGAACAGGUUGCAUUCCUCGCUGGAAAAUGCGCCUACCAUUCCACGAGAGGUGGCAAGGGCGCUGGAUGCGAAGCUACAGGACGUCGGAAUGUCGUCAAGAGGCCAGGUCACCAGCGGGAUCCCAGCUGGCAACAGGGAAAGCGAUGGUCGCGCCGUCGUCAUCACGGGGGCUGGCAGCACCGGCCUGCCGAGCGUAGCCGCGUGCCUCGAAGCACUCGGCCUCACAGGCGCGUCCCUGGCGGGGUACCUGACAGGGCGCCUUGCGGCGGCAGGCGAGGUGGAGGUCCAAGAGUGUGACUUUUCUCGUGCAGCCUUCCCCUUUUCCCCAGGCGAGGUCGAGGGGCUUGUCGAGCGCACCCGGGAGGAUCCAAUGCUGAUGGACCUAUAUGAGUUGGGCGCCGACUCGGACGUCUAUGCCUUCUGGGAUGAACUUUGUGGCUACGACCUCAGGGCGAUCGAGGAGGUCAAUGCGCUCCUUGUGCACAAUCUCACAGACCACUUCUACUUCACCUUUGGCGACUUCUUGGUCACCUAUCCUGUGCUGUACGGCGGGCGUGCGCGAGACGGUAACAUUGUCGCCAUCCUAGCAUCGGAGUGCUGGGCAUGAGGGCCGAAGGGCACGCUGCUAAUUAUUCAGGUCUCGGACUAAGUAAAGUUGGUUGUAGGGUGCAUGUCGUCUUGUGUGUCUACAAUACAUAAUCCUUGAGUGAGGCGCAAAUGCCCACUUCAUGC